AUGCCUGAAAAAAGUCAAACAAUGGUCAAUGGUAUCAGUAACGAUGCGUCAUAUGCUGGUGCUUGUUCUGAUGUUAGUACCGAUGGUUAUCUUUCAUUUGGUCCAGAAAAUCGUUACAGUGAAAUACCAGUACUUCGACUUUUUCUUGGUAAAUAUCAAAUGUAUCCAUCAAUGAUGGAAUGUCAGACGGAUGAUGAUGCUCUUUAUUAUCAUGUAACAACUAUUCUAAAUUAUCUUCGUGAUCAAUAUCAUCAUGAUAUCAAUAAAGAUUGUAUUUUACGAAGAUAUAAUCGAAAAAUUAAGAAAAGUUAUUCCAAUUCUCGUUUAAUUGAUCUUGGUAAUGGUAUUAUGAUUCAUUUUGAUCAAUCAUAUUUUGAUGAUGAUAUUAAAAAUCCCAAUAAACUUACAGCUGAUCAUUCUGAUAAUUAUUUUCUUGUUUCUCAGAUAAUUAAAAUUUAUUAUCUACCAAAACAUGAUUCAUUAGUUGAUGAUUUAUCUAGUCAAUUCAAAGAAAUGACUGUUUUCUCGUCAAAAUCAUGUACUUUACAAAUGGUUUGUCGUAAUUCAUGUGGUUUUUAUCUCAGUUCAAUCAAAAUUAAAAAACCAUUAAUUACUGAUCUUGCUCUUCAUUAUGGUAAAAAAUUUGUAUCUAUUCAUGAUAAAAUUCUUAGAAAUCUCAAUACAAAAGAUUCCAAAGGUAUUGUUCUUCUCCAUGGUAUUCCAGGUUCAGGAAAAACACAUUAUAUUCGAUAUCUUAUUCAAGAAGUUGAAGAUAAAACAUUAAUUUAUGUUCCACCAGAUAUGGCUAAAGAAAUUUCUUCACCACAAUUUCUUCCAUUUCUUAUGGAAUACCAAAAUGCAAUUUUAAUUAUUGAAGAUGCUGAAAAUAUCAUUAAAGAUCGAAGUGAAACAACAACACCAUCACAAGCUGUUGCCAAUCUUUUGAAUUUAUCCGAUGGUUUAUUAGGUGAUGCUAUGCAUCAACAAAUAAUUGCAACAUUUAAUUGUGAUUUAACAAUUAUUGAUCCAGCUCUAUUACGAAAAGGUCGAUUAAUUGCCAAUUAUGAAUUUAAUAAACUUGAUCUUGAAAGUGCAAAGAUUUUAUCAGAUAAAUUAGGUUUUGGUCAAGAAAAUAUUACUGAACCGAUGACAUUAGCUGAAAUUUACAAUCAAGGCAAUACAGAAGAAAAUUAG